GGGCGCUGUUGCGCUGCUGCUGUUACUCUGCAGUAAGAGCGGAAGAAGUGGAGCGGUAAUGCUGAUACACAAACUCUUUCAUAUCAUUUAUAUCUGAUUACUGGUGGACGCAGGAUGGGAUCCUUUAUGUUUAUGAACACGAGGACUUGUUCCAAAUAUCUACAGCCUUUAUUGGGACACCACCUCUUUUAUUAUUAUGGUCAGAGUGCUGCUGCUGUUCUGCAGGGCUGUAGGAACCCACAUGUUCAGCUGUUCUGCACCCAUAAGAAGAUCAGACCCAGACAGAUUGAGGGAAGAUCAGAGCCCACAGAGUUGAGAUCAAAGCCCACAGAGUUCAGAUCAAAGCCCACGGAGUUCAGAUCAAAGCCCACAGAGUUCAGAUCAAAGCCCACGGAGUUCAGAUCAAAGCCCACGGAGUUCAGAUCAAAGCCCACCGAGUUCAGAUCUGAGGAGCAUCGCCCGUUUAGGUCGGUGUUCGCCGCUGGCACUGCCAGGAGGACGGCGGAGAUGCUGAAGAAAAGAGAAGGACGAGCUGAAGAGAAGGAGGAGGAGGAGGAGAUGGACAGAUGCUCUGUGAGGUAUAAAGCCUCCUCACAGCAGGAGAUACCUGACCGACCGCUGAGUCCUGAGGAGUGGAGGAAGCUCAGAGACGACUCCUCCAGACCAGAUCGCUUCCCCGGCCGGAUGCUGAACCUGAUGCUGGCCGCCGGCACCGACGUCGACGUGGCCAAGUCUCUCCUGGCGUUCAUCGCUCUGGACAGCGGGACUGUCCCGUAUGUCCUGCUCCUGAAGUACCUGUCUCUCUGCGUCUCGGGAGGACACCACUCCGAGGUUCUGGACACCUACGACCUGAUGAAGAGCUGCUUUAAGACUCUGGACAUCGGGGCGUACAGCCUGUUACUGAAGGGCAUCAGUCGGACCGAGCGCUGGCGGGAGAUGCUGCCAAUGCUGGAGGAGAUCAAGAAGAUCGUCACGCCUACACGCCGUAACUACGGCGACGCCAUCAGCGGGGCAUUUCUGAACGGGGACAGUGAGACGGGGUGGACUCUGUACAAUGAGAUGAUGGAACUGGGCCUGGAGCCCAAUCAGGAAGUGUGGCAGUGCAUGUUUAACUCUGCUACCAGUCUUCAGAAAGAUAAAGAGAAGCUGCUGGACAUUCUGAUCUACAUGAGGGAGAAUCAGGUGUAUCCUCAGGAGAUGCUGGUCAAAAGCAUCAAAACCUGGUUUCAGAGUUUACCAGGUGAAGGGUGGACGGGCAGGUUCUCUUCUGUGGACUCCAGGGAUCGGUGUGGGAGCUGCCAGGCGGAGAUGGAGUCUAUCGAGCUGACGGAGGAGGAGUACUCCCAGCUGAAGCAGAGAGUGAUGGCCAACGUUAUCGAGGGAAGAGACGUUUUCUUCAAAACCACACCACAGGAGCUGCAGAGCUUUAAGAACUUUGUGAAGAAAAGUCCUGCGUUUGACGUCAUCGUGGACGGACUGAACGUGGCCAAUAUCUCAGUACAUGGUCCAAAAUCUCAGAAUUUGUUGGCGGUGGUCUCGGAGCUGUGUGAUCAGGGUCUGACCGUCCUCGUCCUCGGGAGGAAGCACAUGAUGCAGCACUCCAAGAUGUGGAACAGAUACGACAUCCUAAAGAUCAAACAGAUAGCCCACUGCUUCUUCACCGACAACAUCUCCAAGGACGACCCCUUCCUGCUCUACGCUGCACUGCACUCUGGGAACAACUGUAAGUUCGUAAGUCGGGAUUUGAUGAGGGACCACAAGGCGUGUCUUCCCGACAGCGCCACCCGGCGCCUCUUCUUCAAGUGGCAGCGCGGGCACCAGCUGGUGGUGCCGUGGUACGUUCCGGGAAAGAAGGUUCGGUUUCAGAGGGAGUUGAGAUAUGAUACUGUAGUGCAGAGCACUCCCACAUCCUGGCACCUCCCCUACGACGAAGACGGCGAAGACAGAAGCUCUUAUGAAAUUCCACAGAAGUGGCUGUGUCUCACUAAACAACACUGACCGACAUGUGAUGAAUAAAUUGUGUAAAAAAAAAAAUAAUAAUAAAAAUGAAUUUUAAUAUAAAAGGUGAUGCUUUGAUUCAUAAACUUCAAAGUAAUGUACAAAUAAAUCUUACAAUUG